UGAAUAAGAAAAUCCCAGUAUAUUUCCACUAGAGGUCCUCAUGUAUCGUUAAGUCUUCAUAAUCUCUGAAUAGAGACUUGACAUGUUUUUCCCCUCCAUUGUUUACUUUUCUUCAUGGACAACUUCCGGGAUCCAUUCGUUUGACGUCAGUGGAAGAGACCAUCUGUGGGAGCAGCCGCGGGGGGAGUCAGAGCGAGCAACGUGACAAUUCAACCCGGGAGACAGAUGGAUCGCGACCUGUACAGUGAUCGUUAUGGACGGAGUCGUGUUUUACACUUGUUUUUAAAACCUACCACCGUUCACACCGGGCGUAUCCGAGCAGUUGGCCCAGAGCCGGCCGCUCUCCCCGGCCCGUGAGACCCCCCCCGGCCGGGACGGAGACGCGUUGGUUGAGUGGAGCGGAAGAGCCGCUGCGCUUUGGCUGCAGCCGCUGCACCGUCACAGCUGGAGGAUGAGCGACCUGACAUGUAGUUCUUCAUGUCUCAAACCCGCAGGAACGACGAGGAUCCAGCGAUGCAUCUGUGUGGUGGGCUUCCUGGACUUGUUUGGGGUGAGCAUGAUCAUCCCGCUGCUGAGCCAUCACGUGAAGGCUCUUGGAGCCGGUCCCACUGUGGCCGGUUUAGUAGUGUCUACAUAUGGGAUCUUACAGUUCUUCUCAAGCACAAUAGUUGGCAGCUGGAGUGACGUGGUGGGACGGAGGUACUCUCUGCUCACCUGUCUGCUGCUGAGUGCUCUGGGCUACGGCCUGCUGGGGAUGUCCACCAGCAUCCCUCUGUUCGUCCUCGCAAGGAUACCAGUGGGACUGUUCAAGCACUCCCUGUCAAUCUGCAGAGCCCUGCUCUCUGACCUGGUGUCUGAGUCAGAGCGCCCUCUGGUGAUGGGACACUUCAAUGCAGCCUCCAGUGUCGGCUUCAUCCUGGGACCUAUGGUGGGCGGCUACCUCACUGAGCAUGAAGGGGGCUUCUAUACCUCCUCCUUCACUUGUGCAACCAUCUUCCUCAUGAAUGCGGGACUGGUUUGGAUGCUGCCGUGGAACGAGACACUAGUUCACCGUAACACAAACUCCAGCAAUGACCUGAGUAAACGUUGUCAUGACAACCACUGUUUGGAGUCUGUGCAGAAUGGUUCUCAUGCAAAUAGACACAAGACGUUGCCGGCAGGAGACGCUCAACCAGGCUCCGCAGCUCUAGGCAAGCACCAAGGUGGUCUCCGGUGGAGCGAGGUGUCUCUGCUGCAGCCCGUUUGGAGACAGCUGUCGUCAGUGGGCUCCAGGAUAAAAAUGGUAGCCUCUUCUGACAUGUGGGACCUCUUUCUGGUGCGUCUUCUGAUGGGCAUAGCGAUCAUGCUUUACUACAGUAACUUCUCUCUGGCCAUGGAGGAGCGUUUCUCGCUCAAACCAAAGAUGACGGGUUACCUGAUCAGCUACAGCAGCACCUUGGGGGCCUUGGCCGGGUUCCUGGUGGGGCCUGUCACGCAGCUCUACAGGAACAACAUGGCCGCUAUGCUGCUUCACUCCACAAUGCUCACCUGCUCACUUAUCUUCCUGUAUUCUGCCGCACCCAACGUUUGGCAGGUGGUUCUUUCCUCCACCUUCUUCGCCAUUUCCACCACCAUUGGACGGACGUGUAUCACAGACCUGGAGCUGCAGAGGGGAGGGGUCCAGGCCAGCGGGACUCUGAUUGGUGCGGGGCAGUCGGUUACAGCUGUCGGCCGCGUCUUGGCUCCCCUCCUUUCGGGUCUCGCUCAGGAGUUCAGCCCCUGUGGUCCCCCGAGUCUGGGAGUGGUCCUGGCUCUAGCAGCUGUAGGUUUACUGCUUAUCAGGAUCCCUGAGUGGGACGGGAGAGGAAUGACCAAAACAGCCAAACUGAGUAACUGAAUAAAUAAGUAUGACGAAAAAAAGGCACAUUCACCCUUCAAAGAAGUGCACUUAUUUGUGAGAGGCCAGUUGUGAAGGACUAGAAGUGGGAUCAAUGUGUCCCACUCAAGGAUUUCUGGGUCAAGAAGUUCGUCACCACCAGCAGUGCAGUCCUUCUUUAGGGAGAAAGGAUUCACAAUUCAAGAGGCCUGAAAAUGUUAUCUGCUUUGAUCAGACAGAAACAUACAACAGGGCCUUUGAUUUUUACUAUAUGUUUGUAACCACUACCUUGUCCAAAAUCCCUCAAGUUUGUAGGUCUGCUGAUGAAACAUCAAACACCUAAAGAACUUUUACCUUUUAACCAAAUUAUACAGACUCGUAAAUAUCAAUUUCCUAGACUCGCCUGAUUAUUUUUUCAAGAUCAAUUUUUUUCUUUUAAAAAAAAAUCAUAUUUUGUUUUAAAAGGUUUUUAACUGACACAUCUUGCAUCCUUCCACCAAGUUUACUGGCAAUCCGUCCAUUGAUCCUGCUAAAAAACAAACAAACAAACACAGAUGAAAACACAGCCUCCUUGGUGGAGGUUAACAACAUGAUAGAUCACUUUGUUGUACUUUAGGAGUCGCCAAGUUGGUUUUACACAUUUUACCUCUUUCUUCUAAUGCACUGCAACUUAAAUGGUUCCCAUGGUGGUAUAUGAACAAAUGUUUGUUCUAGUCUUUGACUUUCGUAUUGGAGAUUUGUAUCUUUAUAGUAGGAUACGUUCAAAUGGACAUGUGAAGAACUAAGUUCAGUUUCAACUCAGUUCCAGGCACCACUAUACUAUAAGAAGAAAAAUGGUGUAAGCUCUUGUUUAUAAAGAAGACACAAAAUCUUGUAAGAACAAACCAGAUUCAAGCCAAAAAAAGUAAAUGAAUAAAAUGUGUUUUCUAUGUUUGAGUCAAUUGUUUUGAAUUCUACGUGAAACAUUAAAGGAGAUAUAUAAUCCUU